UUCUAAUUCAACUCUCCAAAUGUCAACGUCGACUCCAUCAAUCGCCCACACUCCCAGUGCGAGCGCCCAGCCAGCGCAGGCUUCGGCGGCCGCGGGUACUGUCCCGGCUUCUGAUGGAGAACAAAUUACGCAGACCGCACAGCUAGGAGCCUCUUCUGGUGAUGCGGAACAGCAGCUCCCCGCUCUUCCUUCAUCCGCAGAUGCGAAUCUCAAGUCUGAGGAGGCGCCUGCGCCGCCAGGCCAGGUCUUCAGCGACAUCGAGGAGCUGAAGCAGCACCUGCAAGACUGGGCGGGGGAGCACGGCUUCGCGAUCUCAUGCACGUCGUCCCGCGGCGGCGACUACUACACCAUGCGGUGCAAGCGUGCACGGGGUGGUGGCGGCGGGUGUCCGUGGACAAUGGUGGUGCGGCGCUUCUUUUUUGCGGUCGACAAGAACCCCGACGGCCGGCUAGCGUGGACCACGACGAACUUCACGCACAACCACCCGCCAUUGCCACGCGGCACAUUCGCCGUGCACCGUCGCCCGACGCCGGAGGUGCGCGACUACAUCGAGCGCGCGGGGGAGCGGGGCGAGAAGCCGCGCGUCAUCCUCAACGCUGUGCGCCGCAUGGAGGGGUGUGCCGAGUUCGACAUCGAUACGGUGUACUAUAUUAUCGCGCAGCGGCGGCGGAAGAGCCGCGCCGAGAGGGCUGUCAGCUUGACGGGGAGUGCGGCGGGAGGGGGCUCGACGGGUGUAGGCGAGGCCGGGCCGUCUCGCGAGAACGGCAAUGCCAACGCGGGCGCUCAGAUCCACGGGUCGGAGAGGAACGGCGACGACCACCUCAGCGGCGAGGCUCGCGCACAUGGCGAGAUCGGUACUAUCGAGGUACAUCCUGUGUGGCCUGAGAAACCGGACGGGGACGAAACGCUUGUCCAUGGAGAGAUGGGCGAAGCCGAACCUGGACCCGCAACGCCCGAUGUGGGGCCAGCGCCGUCCGCGUCCGAUACACCUGCACGCAUCGACGCGCGCGGACGCGCCAAGCCUUGGUGCCCCAGCUGCAACAGCUAUAUCCGUCACCAUGGGUCGUGUCCCCGCGAUCAGCGCAAGCGCAAGGCGGCCGGCGACGACAGCAGUUACGUGGACGCUGGCGUGCAGACCGAGCCGCUCGACAUCUUCAAGGACCCGAUGUAUGCGCGUCAGAUCGCGGCGAUCCUGCUUUCAGCCAGCGAGAAUAUAAAAGAACGCGCGGGACUUUAGGCGGUUGCGUUGGGAUCUUGGCGCCUAGGCUCUAUGAGGUGGAGACGAGGUGGGGGCGGAAAGGCGAGAAGGAGGAACAGAAGGAGCGACGAUGAGUGGGGCAGGCGCGCGUCUAGACAGGCCCAAUCGGCGAGAGCCUCGUGAUAUGUGUGUAUAUGAUUGGGAGCAGUUUAGUUGUAGCAAGGUUAGAUGUAUUCACUCAUGACAGC